AUGAAUAGUAUCGUACUCCAGCCUAGAGCUCCCGUGACCCGACGGCACCAACUAAACUUCUUCGAACUCGCGACGAACCUCCCGACCCACCAGGAACUGGAACUGAUUCGAAAUACGCUCCGCGAAUGUGGCCGCCAAAUUAGAUUUCGUGCGGAAGUGGCCAACACCAUGAACUUGACGAGGCUCCUAUGCUCCGGCUGCCGGAUGUUGCACUUCGCGGGCCAGGGCAACGACAAAUACCUGGCCUUCGAAUCCGGGCGUGAUUGGAACUGCGGGAUUAUGGAGCCUCUUGAGGUGGCGUCUCUAAAGAACCUCUUUCAGGCUGGCGGGGUGCGGACGGAGCUAGUGUUCAUCAGCUCGUGUUCCUCGGAGAUGAGUGGUAGAGCCUGCGUGGAGGCUGGCGUGCCGCACGUCGUCGCCGUCAAGCACGAAGCGAACGUGACAGACGAAGAGGCCCUGCACUUCUCCACCGUCUUCUACGAUGCGCUCUUGGAGAACGGUGGGAGAUACACGGUGAAGCAGGCAUUCGACAUCGCCCUCAACUUCGUCAAUGCCACACACUCUAGCGCACCCAACAGACACGCGGGGGGCCACUUUGUCCUUCUCCCCAAAGGCAAGAAGAAGAGUAUUGACUUCGCGCUCUAUAUCAAGUGAUCAACACGAGGUAGACAAUCAUAUUUUCCGAUCUCGUGUUGUUUGUGCUUUGUUGGAAUGUUUCCGAA